AGGUCUAACGCGUCCCUUCAAUUUGAGACUUUCCAACAGAAAAACCAGCAGGCCUCCCUCUCUCCUUCCCGGCUCCCUCCCUGCCUCACUCCUUUUAUCUCGCUCUUUUCCCAUUUCGUGACGAAUGUAUUCCCGGAAGGAAAUAAAGAAAGAGCGGAGAAAAGAAGGAAUACAAUCAAUGCCCCAACCGCAAAUUAGGAAAAUUUCCCCAUGACUCUUUCUUCUUGAACCUCUGUUUCUCUACAUGACCGCCAUAAUUUUAAUAUCUGAAUCUUUCUUCUUGUAAUUCCUCGACUUUGAUUUCGUCUAUUUGAUCUCUUUUAUUUCUUCGGUAUCUCCUUACGAAGAUCUUUCCUAUUGAGGUUUCCUUUUAAUAGCUGUCUAGAUAAUCUGCCACUCUGUUCUAUUGGUUUUCAUAUUGGUGGCUUAGUUUCAUACACCUAAGCCCCAAUUGCUUUCUAGUUGGUUUUUAUGAAGCUUGCGUUUUUUUAUGCUUUUCGCUUCGAUAUCAGGCACCCAUUUGGAGAAAAAGGGAUGGAGCUUAGGAUUUCAAUUGUAUGUGAAUAGUAGUCAGUAGUAAUAAAAUAAGAUGGGAAAUAUAUGUGUGGGGUCGAAAGCUUCUUCCAAGUACGGACUCCUCAAUUCGAUUUCGAAUUCUAUUUGGUGGUCUAGAUCCCCAGACUGCAUUGCUUCUACCAACGGAAUAACCAGUGCACCUUCUGUAAAUAAAGAACCAGAAUCCCCUUUACCUGUUGCACAGAACAAACCCCCAGAAAUGGUGAAGAUGGUCGAUGAUGAGACUGAAUUGGCACGGCCGCUAAAACAUGAGAAGGAGAAUAGGUUGGCAAAAUCCGAAAACCAGGACGGAAAUACUAAUGAAACGUUGGAUCCAAUGAGACACAAGGAAGAGACUGUUAAACCUACACAGCCGGCAAGACCAAAGGAGGAGGAGCAGGAGGUUACUGAUAAGCAAUCAAGGCCGAGGAAUAAACCUUUUAAUGUGAAGAGGUUGCCGAGUGCGGGGCUUCAGGCUGGGUCGGUGUUGCAAACAAAGACGGGUCAUUUGAAGGAGCACUAUAACUUGGGAGCGAAGCUUGGACACGGGCAAUUCGGGACGACUUUUCUUUGCGUGGAGAGGGCGACCGGGAAAGAGUUCGCGUGCAAAUCCAUUGCCAAGAGGAAGUUGUUGACGAAAGAAGAUGUGGAGGACGUGAGGAGGGAGAUUCAGAUAAUGCAUCACUUGGCGGGACAGCCUAAUAUAGUCUCAAUCAGAGGGGCUUAUGAGGACGCUGUUGCAGUUCAUGUUGUAAUGGAGUUGUGUGCAGGGGGUGAGCUUUUCGAUAGGAUCAUUCAGCGGGGGCAUUAUACAGAAAGAAAGGCAGCUCAGCUCACUAGGACUAUAGUUGGCGUCAUAGAAGCUUGCCACUCUUUGGGGGUCAUGCAUCGCGAUCUUAAGCCUGAGAAUUUUCUUUUUGUCAAUGAGCAGGAGGAUUCGUCUCUCAAGGCCAUAGAUUUUGGAUUGUCGGUAUUCUUCAAGCCAGGAGAGAUAUUCGGUGAUGUGGUUGGAAGCCCAUAUUAUGUUGCCCCUGAAGUUUUGUGUAAGCAUUAUGGUCCAGCAGCAGAUGUUUGGAGUGCUGGAGUGAUCCUUUACAUUCUUUUAAGUGGAGUACCUCCAUUUUGGGCUGAAAGCGAGCACGAGAUCUUUGAAGAGGUUUUGCAUGGUGAUCUUGACUUCUCAUCAGAUCCCUGGCCUAAUAUCUCUAAGAAUGCGAAAGAUUUAGUUAGGAAGAUGCUUGUCAGAGACCCAAGAAAGCGGAUAUCUGCACAUGAAGUUUUGUGCGACCCUUGGAUUCAGGUUGAUGGGGUGGCUCCUGACAAGCCUCUUGAUUUCGCUGUCUUGAGUCGCUUAAAGCAGUUUUCUGCAAUGAACAAACUUAAGAAAAUGGCUAUUAGAGUUAUUGCACAGCACCUCUCUGAGGAAGAAAUUGCAGGUUUAAAAGAAAUGUUUAAGGUGAUAGACGCUGACAGCAGUGGUCAAAUUACCUUUGAAGAACUCAAAGUUGGACUAAAAAGAUUUGGUGCCAAUCUCAAUGAGUCUGAAAUAUAUGAUCUCAUGCGGGCAGCUGAUGUUGAUAACAGUGGCACAAUUGAUUAUGGAGAGUUCAUUGCUGCUACAUUGCAUUUAAACAAAAUUGAGAGGGAAGAUCAUCUAUUUGCAGCAUUUUCAUAUUUUGACAAAGACAGCAGUGGCUAUAUCACUAAAGAUGAGCUUCAACAGGCCUGCAAGGAGUUCGGCAUUGAGGACACCCACUUGGAAGAAAUGAUCCGAGAAGCAGAUCAGGAUAAUGAUGGACGAAUAGAUUACAAUGAGUUUGUAGCCAUGAUGCAGAAAGGCAACCCCAGUUUGGGUAAGAAGGAUCUAAAGUGUAGUUUUAGCAUUGGAUUUAGGGAGGCUCUUCCUGUUUAUUGAGAGAGUGAGGCCUUCUGUUUCUUUUUCUUUUUUUCUCUUUGAUUUUGUAUUCUAAUUUUUGAGGUUUAAGAGGAUGAUCAAGUGCUGGUAAAUAGUAGAUGCUUGAUUCCUUACUUGUCAACAUGUUGAAUUUGCUCAAUAAUAGUUGCAGUUGAUGAUUAUUAUUAUGCC